UCUCCCCCUCUUCAUCUCAACGAGGACUUCACCAGCUCUUCACCCCUCACCCCUCUCUCCCUCCCCCCUCUCUUCUCUUAGUCUAUGUGGUUGGUGACAUCAGAUAAAUAAGCCAUUUAAGGUGCAGAAGUUGAAGUAGAGCCAUGCAUUGAUGAACAGCGUGUUGAGGUAAAAGUGUGGGUUGCUAUGUGUGUGUCUGCCUGUAAUUAUAUCUGCAUGUGAAGAUUAUAGAAGGUUUUUGAUGAGUUUGAAAUCUGAAAUGUGAUCUGAUGACGUUCAGUGUGGGAUAUGGCCCACCCUGUUGAUGUGGCUGGACAGGAAAGAGCAUGCUGGGAUAGAUCGGCCUGGAGACAAGAAGCUGACAAUCUCAUCAUUGUGGCUGAGAUUGCCCUGGAGAUGCCCCUGACAAUCUGAUCAUUGUAUCAGAGUUGGAUGAAGAGGGAUGGGUGCGGAGAGCAGGGCAUGGCCGGUAAGCCGUUCCGGGCCACCUUCAUCUGGAGCAGCAUCAUCGCCAACCUCCAGCAGCGCGUCCAGGUCAAGCGCCACCGUCAUAAGCUCAAGACCUACCAUGACUGUUUCCUGGGGUCAGAGGCUGUGGACGUGGUGCUGGCCCAUGUCAUCCAGUCCCGGUUCUGUGGUGAUGCCGAGGUGCCCCGCUCCAAGGCCGUACGCCUCUGCCAGACCCUGAUGGACUCGCGGGUGUUCGAGGCGGUGGGCACCAACGUAUUUGGGAAUAAGGAGAAGGGGCGUGCCACCUUCGAGGACAGCAGCUGUAGUCUGUACCGGUUGCUUCCGUCUAGUCCCACUACCAUGACCAGCUCACACUCGACGAGCACCAUCACCAUCGAGAGUGGAUACGACUCGCCGAGCAAACACCGGAACAGCUACAGCCCACCUCUCAAACGUAAAGAGGACCAGUACUCCAACAACCACUCUCCGGUCAAAACAGACAAAUCACUAGAGGACGUGUUGGGGAACCUCAACCUCACCUCAACCAUCACCCCACAGAUGAUCAACCUCGGCCUCUCACAGGAGUUGGUGGACGAGGUGUGGCGCCAGCAGACAGUGUUCAGGCUGCUACAGCUGAUAGAGCUCCCCCUUCUGGAGAGUCUGUUGGAGGGAGAGGAGCGGCCCAGGCCCCCUCUACACAGCAUGGACAGUGACCCAGACCUGCUCUACACAUCCAGCUACCUGGACAGAGAGGUCCUGAAGGCCUUCAGCGAAGCACAGGCUGAUGAGUGGUUGUCGGCGGCGGUGGACUGUCUGGAGUUCCUGCCAGAUAACUUGGUGGUUGAGGUGAGCAGGGGUCUGCCCCGCUGCGGUGAGGACCAGGGCCAGUGUAAGAGACUGGUGUAUGGGAUCCUGGUCCAGCACUACGGAGAGACACAGCACCCUCCACUACUCAGCAACCACGUCUUUGACAUCCACUCCAGCAUCUCUGAACUACUGGUGAAUGGGAAGAGGGAGCAGGCUCUGGAGGCCCUACAGCUGUGUCUGAAACUACAGGACUCUCGCAGUAAAGAGGAACUACGCAGACUUCUGCGAUUCAUGGCUGUCGCUGCCAAACCACAGGAGGUCAAACUGCACAAAGAGGUAGAGAACAGGAUGGCGGUGAAGAGAUCUUUCUCUAGUGCCAUCGUCUACAGCAUGAGACUGGCCAAGGGGAAGGUUGACCUACUGGUGCUGUUUAUGGUGGAAAACCACUGUGACGUCUUCAAGAUUCCAGUGUCGUUGCACAAACUUGUGAGCGAUAGACUGACCAACAUUGUGAAGGGGAAAGACCCACAAGUCGUAACAGUCUCUACAUACUGCAGGCGAGUCAAUAGAAAAGCGUACGUGGAGAGCAAACAGAAGACUACCAAAGAGGAACUAUGGGCUCUACUGAAGACAAUCCACGAGAACCCCAAACUGUCCAACAAAGAGAAGAGACGCUUGCUAGGACAGUUCUACAAGGGGCAUCCUGAGAUCUUUGUCCAGUACUUUGGAAGCAGAUUGUCAAGUGAUGAUCUGUAGCUAACUAGUGUGAUAUUUAAGUGAAUAACUAAUGUAUUAUUUGUAAAAAUAAAAGACAGACAGACAAAGGUGAUGUAAAUGUUGUAGAAAUGCAGUGUACAAAUAGAUUUUAUUUACUUCACUCAUGUGAAGAGUUGAAUGUGAAAGCUUGAAUAAAAUGUGAGAAUUGUUUUUUAA